AUGGCGCCUGAUUCUGAAAGUGCAAAAAUAUUUGCAGUGAUUCAAUUUCUGGAAUUGCCCUAUCGGGAUAUCGCUAGAUAUGUUUGUAUUCCUAGUUCAUGGAUAACAAACAGAUUACCAAACUGCCGAGCCGCUGUCGCGUAUCCUAGAGAAGAUGCGAACGUGACAAGGAAACGGGUGGAGAACAAUGAACCACCUGCUGCAUCCUGGCCAGCUUUUAUGGCUUUGAUCAAAUAUGAAUCUGAUGAUUAUGACGAUGCAGAUGUUUGGAUCAUAAUGGAAGAAAAGAAAAUUUCUGCUGAUAUUAUUACUGUAGAUGAUGAUGAUGAUGAGGAUAAUGAUUUGUGUGAAGCAUUGGUUUACAAAUCUGAAAGCGAUGAGGAUUGUAAUGAUGAAACAGACAUUCUGAUUUUGAAACAAGAUAAACUGUGUGAACCGGAAAAUUUUGGUGUACCGGACAAUGUUAAUGAUACUGAACAUCAGGAGGGUCCAGACAUGUUGCUUUCAAAGCAGGAUGACCCGUCUGAACAGGAGGAUAUUGAUAUGCCAAACAACCUUGACGAUACCCAAAAUCAAGAUAAUGCUGACAUUAUCAUUAAAUCUGAAAAUAUAGACAUACAAGACAAUAAUGAUGGUGAAGGUCAAUAUGCCAUGGGCACUUUAAUUAUAAAAGAGGAUCCGUAUGAAGAAGAGUCAUCUGAAUCUGGAAAUAUUGACAUGGGGGCCAAAUGGGGGCAUAAUUCUGAUGGAGUUGAGAAUAAUGGUGCAUACGGUGUUUCAGAGGAGGAUAAUAGUAUACUACUCAAAUCUGAAAGUAUUGAUAUUGAUGAAGUAAAUUUUGGUAAUGAUGGAGACAAUGCUGCAGAUACCUUGACUUCAAUGGAUGAAGAGAUGCCUAAAUCUCAAUAUGAUGAUGAUGACGAUGAUGAUGAUGAUCUUGGUUUAAGCGAUUUGAUUAUAUUGGAAGAAAAGAAAUCUGAUCAUACAUUUGCAGUAGAUAGUGAUGACAAUAUGGGUAACUCAAUUGAAAGUACUGUGAUGGAGCAACAUAUUGAAUAUAGUACAACAUCUUUGAAUAUUCAGACUAUAGAGCAAUCAUUGGUUGAAACAAAUAAUGCUCCAACACCAUGUACUACAAACACAUUGCAACCGUCGGAAAUCGCCCUUCGACCAACAAUAUCAGUAGUUCCCGAACACUUUUUGCGUUAUGGUUGCCAUGAACAAAAACAAAUUCCGGAAAAUUCUACGCAUAUUGGAGAUAAAACGAUGCAGGGUGUCCAGCUGUUGACUAAAACAAUAUAUGCUACAGAAACUACGACAACUCAGUUGAUUAGAAAAGCACAAAUACAUGAAAAUGCAGCAACCUUUAAUGUAAAUGGCAACUAUCCACAUGGGGAAGCCCACGCAUUAAGUAUUUUGAGACCUAAUGAAGUUAAUCAUGCUGUUCAUGCUUACGAUCAAAAUGUUUCUGAUAAUGUGUCGUAUCCAUUGGAAUACACCAGCGCUCAGCAUAGCAGUCAACAAUUCAGCCAACCACUUGCCAAAUCAAAGCCAAAGAAAGCGCCAGCCAAGAAAAUGAAACCGAAACCUCCUACUAGAAAGGUUCGGAAGUAUAAUCACACACAUUACCAUGAGCAACGUGGCUACUCUUAUAUCACUCCACAAGACACUGUUGGGGGUAUACAAUCUCAAAAUAUCCCGAUGAACAUGAUAUCUUUUGAUCAGAACCAACUUUACCGGCCUAAUGAACAACAUUUGCCAGUUCCUGUAGAAAAUUUGACAUUAGAUAAUAGUACGGGACACAUCAUUGUUAGGACGACAACUGGAAGAAAUCCUUUGAUACUAAAUGCUUUACAAAAUAGUAAACACACGGUUCCAAAAUCUGCACAACAACAACACUUUCCGACUACAGAAAACCAAUUUAGCAAUAAUUUUGUUCCCAAUUAUGCAGGAAGUAGUAGACACACGUAUCCUGCACAGCCAGGUUAUGUUAACCAAAUACCCAGCCAUCAAGCUCCUCAGCAAAAUAACCCAUCAGUAAUGGGUGAUUACUAUAAUCAACCAUAUUCGCAUUCUGAAAAUACUAAUGCUCGCCAGUUUGCAUCAGAUGUUGGAGACUAUCCUGUUGUCAGAGAUCCUCAGUCAAAAUUAUUAUAUCUUAGAAAACUGUCAGAAGUUCAAACCUAUAAUCAGUUACCUCUCACAGAAAAUAACUACCAAGCUGUACCACCAGCUAUGCCACCGACUUCAGCAAAUGUAUCAAGUCACAUACCUGACCAAUUGCCUGUACACCAUGAUACUCAGCUUCCAACUCUACAAACCCAGCAAAACUUUCAACGGGGGCAAAUUGUAAAGAAUCAACCAACAUGUGAUUCUCACAGUAAAUCACAAAAUAACUCAUUAGCCACUCAAGAUUACCCCCAUUGUGAGCAAGAACAUUGCUCACAAUUCGCGUCUACUGCCACAUUUCCUGCUGCCGAUACCAGAAUUUCUACGUCGGUUAACGAGGAAUUUAGUGGUCUAAAAGAUAUUAAUACACAGAAUAAUGUAUCUGCUAUACAAAACCAAUCAGAAGAAAUACAAAAAGAACAUAAUGCUAUAAGUCCAAUUAAUAUAGAGCCGACUGAAAACGAGUCAGUUGUGGCAAAUGAAUCUGUUCCUGAGUCAGGAUUAACUACAGCAGAUCACCAAGAAUCUCCAAAGCAAACAUGUCUAAGCAAACCAGUCUGCUUUGCUGGAGACAACAUUGAAAAACCUGCAAAUAACAGUCAGAAUUUUGCAAAUGCAACAAGCGAGUUGGACAGUGUGACUGCUGCCUUAAAAGCAUUCGAAGUUAUGCUUUCUCAAGUGGAAAAAGAUAUUUGUAAACAGACUGAAGCCUAUAAAGCCAGGCAUAACAAAAUGUUUGAAUGUGAUAACGAAUUUAAAAACAUAAUAGAAACGGUAAUUAGUCAUUGUGACUCAAGAAUUAAUGAAGUCCUUAAGUCUAAGUCUAAGAACAGACAAUCCAAAUAA